CACACAUACAAUUAACAUGGAAACAAAUUACUACUACUCAUCUGAUCAAUAUGAAGAUAUAUCGGCCACCAACUUGCCUACUUCAUUCCAAAACAAAAUUAUCCCAUCUUCUCUUCUAAACACACCAACAAACAUUAUUCCUAAUUAUUAUCAGCAUCAUCAUCAUCAUCAAAUAAUUAUACCCGUUCUUGAUUUCGCCCAACAAUCGUCGUCUCUAAGUAGCAACAACUCAAGUACUUCAGACGAAGCCGAAGUAGAGAUCAACCACAUGAGUAGUGUGAUCAACGAAAGGAAGCAAAGAAGGAUGAUAUCAAACAGGGAGUCGGCUCGACGGUCAAGGAUGAGGAAACAAAAACAACUCGAUGAGCUUUUUAGCCAAGUACUUAGGCUGAGGAAUGAGAAUUAUGGGCUCCUCAAUAGGCUCAAUAACUUUUCGGAAACACAUAUAAAAGUUGUUGAAGAAAAUGAUAGGCUCAAGAAAGAAACUAUGGAGCUAAAACACUUGCUUAAUGAAGCACAACUUGAUAAUACUUUCACUAAUCUUAGAGAUCUCCAAGAAGAUGAUCAUCAUCAUCAUGGUGAUAUUAAUUGAUGGUCACGCGGCAGUCGUCGUAAUUUAAAUUAAUUAACACCACUUCACUAUAAUUAAUUAGUAAAAUAACCACGUACGUACCAAAGAAGUUUCUGCUAGUUAACACUAGCUAGAUCGAUCGAGUAUAAUAAUUAAUCCAUGCCAUGAAUUAAUAAUGGGCAAGUAGCUAGUGUCAUCAAUUUUUCUUUUACUU